GCCGAAGCCACCUCGGGCUUGUCUUCUGUUCCGCGGCACACGAGGCGAGCCAGGCGCUGCGGAGGGCGAAGGUGUCGCGUUGCAGGUUUCGUAAACCAAGAAGAUGGGUUCUGGCUGCCUGAAAGUCACAAAGUACUUCCUAUUCCUCUUCAAUCUCCUUUUCUUUAUCCUAGGUGCUGUGAUCCUUGGCUUUGGAAUAUGGAUUUUGGUCGACAAAAGUAGCUUCAUUUCAGUUCUGCAGACCUCAUCCUAUUCAUUAAAGGUUGGGGCGUACAUUCUCAUUGGAGUCGGAGCUGUCACAAUGUUGAUGGGUUUCCUAGGCUGUGUUGGAGCGGUCAAUGAGAUUCGGUGUCUCUUGGGAUUGUACUUCACCUGCCUGCUGUUGAUCCUUUUAGCCCAGAUAGCUGCUGCCCUGCUCAUCUACUUUCAACGGGAUCAGCUCAACACGGAAAUGUCUGGGAUUGUCAAUGAGCUUGUCCAGAAUUACAAUCCUAAUGAUGACACCAAUAGGACACUUGAGACUGCAUGGGACUAUGUCCAGUCACAGCUGUCCUGCUGUGGGUGGACUGGACCUGAAACUUGGAAGAACAACACUGUCCUCCAGAACAAUAAUCAGACAUCCUACCCAUGCUCUUGCAGCAAUGACUCAACUGAGUCCGCAUCACAAAUGGGCUUCUGCCCUUUGGAAUUUGUUUUCAAUGCUACAACGUUUGAGGACUGGCCAGUUAGAAAGCAGGGGUGUAUGAGAGGUGUGCAGAACUGGUUGAAGGAGAAUCUUGGCAUCAUUCUUGGAGUCUGCACAGGGGUUGCUGUUAUUGAGCUGCUGGGAAUGGUGCUCUCUAUUUGCCUCUGCAAGAACAUACACACUGAAGAUUAUACCAAAGUGCCCAAGUACUGAGAAACUGUCAGCCCUGGGAGCUGGCCCAGAGCAAAUGCAGCACUCCUUUCCUCAUACCCAGACUGUCUUCAUCACUUACUGCUUGUCCUCCUCGGACGUCCAGCAUUGCUGUGGAUCAACUAGGCUGUAUUAAAGCCAUAAAUUCUUUGAGCGAUCAGGGCUUGAGCAAGUCUCCUCAUCUCUUGACUCUUACGAAGCAUCACAUUUACGUCUUCCUCUAUUCAUGUGAUUUCUCACUUCAUUUUUAUUGCCAGCACCAUGCUAGAUUGCCCUCGCCAAUUUUCAUUCACUUUUAAACCAUUCUGACUAGGUUCAGAAUGGUACUUGCUUUUUUGCCACUAUCUUCUAGCAUUCCUACUAGAGAUGUGUAGGUUGCUAUUGUUGGGUUUGGACUGUAACUCCCAUAUUCCCAUGCUGCCUGGGGAAUUCAGGGAGUUGUAGUUCAAAAGCACAAAUAUGCGCAUCUCUGAUUGCUACCUAAUCUUCUAUUGUUUUCACAAGAAGAAUCGUGGGGUUGGGGCUCCUAAAUACAAAUUUUAUAGCAAUGAGCAUUUUGGGUUCCUAGGUGUUGUUAAGCUUCAAUCCCCAAAACCUCAAGCCAGGAUGGAGUGUGAGCAAGAGUUCUAGGAGUUGUACUUCCAUCAGUAUCUGGGGGGGGGGGUUCAUGUUUGAGAUCCCACUGCUCUAGUUCACCUAUCUGCCUGCCUUCUUCAAAUCUACUGAAUAGUCUCUUGAAACUGUUGUUAUAUAGUUUGCUGUAUCUUGUCCCGAACAGUCAAAGAUCUCUUUGUCACAUACAGCUAAAUCUUUGACACCAAUUAAAACUCAACAACUGUGAUUUCACCAAUUAUCUUUUAGGCAGAGUUUCUGACUUGGGAACGUCAAUUUUCUCUCUUUUUUUUCUCCCUGCUACAUCAUCCCAUCCUUUCUGGAUCGCGUUAGCUUGGAGAUACUUUAGAGACUGCAUGUAUAACAUGGAUGAGUUUAUGCCAGCUCAGCAGAAUAUUGUCUUGGGUUGCUAGCUUCUUCAGAGGCAGUGAUUGAAAAUAUGUAUUUUUGUCACAGUAUGAAUCUUGUGUAAUUAUGUUUUGUCUUCCUUAUGGUGAAUUUUUUUUCUAGAAUUGAUGGCUGUUGGUACCAGUGGUGGUAGGGAGCACUUAUUCUGGCUAUUAAGUUACUUCUGUUGAGGAAACCAAUGGCUGUAAUCCUGCAUCUCUGCUUGUGUGCCAUGUAGCUGUGGAAUCACUACAGCUGCCAUCAGAAUCCAGAGAUGUAUGUUGUUGGCAGUCAGCCUGGGGCUCUUUGUAGUGGUGUUUCACUGGGGGACAUUUCUGUACUCAGUAGUCCUAAACAGGUUCUGUGUUAGGAGUGAUUGCAAGGAGGUCAUUGCCACACUGUGGGGUUGGGGGGAAUCCCUUACAUUGAAGAGUGUGAAGGGAAUGUACAAAAUAAGCCCUAUGGAAACACAGUGAUCACGUUCAGGUCAGGAGUGGGCCAUAUGGCUCAUUGACCAUUGCGUGGAGAGCUUCCAUUUUAAGGAGGCCUAAGAAGGCACUUACUGAAAUUCUGACAAUUUAGAUAAAGGUUAUUAGCAACUUUUGCUGCACUACGACCUCCCUGUACAGAUCAGUUGGUCUGUAGAUGGUGUCUCACCACAGCAUGGUAGAGAAGUAUCUUCAAGUAGGAGACAAUAAGCUAUUGACCUGAGGGGAGAAAUCAGUGGCCUCUGGAGGCCAACUUUCAGACCUAAGAAGAGCACUUUUUUCAGUAUACCUCCAGAACAGAAAUGCUAUGCUUUCUUGAACUGUUGAUCAUAAAUACAAAAAACAGGCUAAUCAUUAUGACUUUUCUAGACUUUAUCAGGCUAGACGUAAGUGCAUUAAUAGAAGAAUUGAUCUCUCAUGGAGGAAAUGCUUUGAUCCAUUUUUAAGUUCUUUCUCUAAGGUUUCUGACGAACACCAAGUAUGGCAAAAGGAUAUUCCUGGCAGUGUUUUAAAAAUAUGCUCUUCUUUCCUCUGGCCUGGUGUGUCCCUUUCUGAGUUGAUUGUAAAUCUAUGUUUUAUAUUCACCUUUUGUGCUUCAUUUGAUAAGCCGCUUCACUGACAAAUUGUUUAUGCAAUGGUUUUUGUUCUUUUGGAUUCAGCUCUGAGGAGAAGCAAAGCUGAGACCAUUCUGGAUUUCUUUUGUUUUUAGAAACCUCUUCCAAAUGGAAGAAAUGCAUGUACAGAUUUAAACAAAUUAUGGGUGGGUAUUUCAGUAAUAAAAAUAUUUGCUUAAAAAAAUCAUAAA